AUGGCCCCUGCCGUUGAAGUAGACACUCCUCCAGCCUCGACCAUCGAUGAGAUCAAGGCCAAGGUCCAGAACACAUCUCUCUCGGGGCUGAUCCGUGAACCGCUUAAAUACUCAGGCUCUCUGGACGAAUAUCGCAGCUUCGAGGUCACUCCCGUGAUCGGAACGGAGUUCCCGGAACUGCAGUUGACUGAUAUUCUCGACGACGAUAACAAGAUUCGUGAUCUAGCGAUCACCGUCUCGCGACGGGGAGUCGUCUUCUUCCGGAACCAGAAUAUCAACCCGGAUCAGCAGAAGUUCCUGGGCCAGAAACUGGGCGAGCUGACUGGCAAGCCGAGUACUUCCAAGCUUCACAGACACGCUGUUAGCAACAGCAAGAGAGGCAUCGCCGUGGAUGAAAACGGAAAGCUGGAUGACGAGAUCUCAGUCAUCUCUUCUGAAGUAGGACUUGACUUCUACCAUUGUUACCAACUGACAAGUACGCGCCGUGCUGAUGCGAGACAGGUGAACCGCAAGUAUUACGGCGACAGAUACACAGCUCAUUCGCGCCGUCUUGCUAGCGAAGGAUGGCACGCUGACAUCACUUUCGAGAAGGUGCCCUCUGAUUACGCCAUUCUCAAGAUCACUCAUCUUCCGGAGGACAACAGCGGUGGUGACACCCUCUGGGCUUCGGGGUAUGAAGUAUACGACAGGCUUUCACCUCCGAUCCAGAAAUUGGCCGACACCCUGACUGCUGUCCACUAUCAGCCUGCCUUUAACAACAUCGCCAAAGAACACGGCAUUGAAUUGAUCGAGGGAGACCGCGGAGCUCCAGAGAACACGGGAUACGAAUUUAAAGCCUCUCACCCUCUGGUCCGCACCAACCCCGUCACGGGAUGGAAGAGUCUCUUCGGAGCAGCAGGCCAGGUCGAGGCAGGCUGGAUCGAGGGCGUCACGAAGCGCGAGAGUGACAUCCUGAAGCAAUACUUCCACCAGCUCAUUGCCGAGAACCACGAUCUCCAGGUCCGCUUCAAAUGGGGUCUCAAUGACCUGGCCAUCUGGGACAACCGAUCUGUCUUCCACACUGCUACGAACGACUACGAGGGCAAGCGUCAAGGCAAUCGGGUCGUUUCUUUGGGCGAAAUUCCGUACUUUAAUCCGGCGUCCAAGUCCAGGCGGGAGGCAUUGGCUGCUGAAGCAAUUGUCUUUAUUAGCCCCGCAUUUAUUUCCCGAUCUGGCUACAGAUCGGACAUUCCAGCCUUACUGGCGCACGGACCAGUCGAUGGCCGUCAACAGAGCUUGAACGAUCGACCCGCGCCGCGAGCUCAAUGCAAUGAAUGCCUGCUCUCGCGCCUGGAUCUCACUCAAUUCACGUCCAACCUCGUAACAUGUGCCACCAUGCCCAGGCAUAUGCUGCGUCGCGCGCAGGCGGAUCCCUCGACGCCGCCAACAGCCACCAACCCCGUUGACCAGCUCGAGCCCCCGCCUCUCCGAACCCCCGCGCCCGCCUUUGAAACGCCGCCAGGCUUCCAGCUCACGCCAAAUGCCAUGCCUCCGCGUGUCGAGCCGUUCGUGACGGGUGCCAUCCCUUGGAAUCGUCAGACGCCUGAUAUGGACGCGACGGUGGGGAGUACUGUCGGCGCAGGAACCGAGUCUGGAGACACGGAAGGCGACGAGGAGCACGAGCUCGAGGACGAGCCCAUUGACGCAGAUGGCGAGGUGGAUGCUGAAGAAGAAGAGCAGGACGAGGAAGCGGAGGAGGAUGAAGACGAGGAAAUGCGUGAUCGAAAUAAAUCACCUUCUCCUCUGCCGCCAAAUCUGCGCGAGAUAUCGUCCCUCGCAUCAUGGACCGUCUCAACACACAAACCCGGUUGCGGAGUCGCAGCGCUGCGGCAUCCAUCACCGUCGCAAUUCUGGCAGUCGGACGGCCCACAGCCGCACACGCUGACGCUGCACUUUUUCAAGCUUGUCGCCAUUGUGAAAAUCCGCGUGUACCUCGACUUUGAGCUGGACGAGAGCUACACGCCGACCAAGAUGGUGUUCCUGGCUGGCAUGGGAGGCAACGAUCUCGUCGAGUUUGCGUCCUGGGAAGGAGAAGGGCCGUGCGGUUGGGUUGAUAUACCACUGGAAGGCGUAGGAGGGCGCAGCAGAGGAAUUGGCAGUAAAAGGGGUUCCCGCCGACGCAGAAGGAGAACAACCAGACAACAACGACGGCGACGACGGAACUCGUCCAGACGAAAGACUGCGGAGGACGCGAUGGUCGAUGCUAUCUUGAGCGAGUCAGAGGACGAGGAGUGGGAUGACAGCGACCAGCAGGACCUCGAUAUUGACGAGGAAGACGGCGAGGAAGAUAGCGAUGACGAUGACGAUGACGACGACGAUCCUUACGCCGGCAACGUGCUCAAGGCCAUGGUCAUCCAGAUGCGGGUCCUGGAGAACCACCAGAACGGCAAGGACACGCAUGUGCGCGGGUUCCAGGUAUUUGCACAGGACGACGACCGCCGUCGCGUCGCCGCGGCCGCCGCGCAGCGGAGACAGAGCAUGCGCAAAUCGCUCCGGGGGCGGGCCAAGGACUCGCAGGAGGAGCAGCUGGAGAGCGCCGAAGAUGCGAAAGCCGUUGGUCUGGAAGAGCCAGACUGGAUGGGCGAGCCGGUUAUUCGAUAG